GUAUUCACUAUUUCCCAUUUAACAGUUUAAAAUUUUUAAAAACGUAAUUUUCUUUUUAUGUUGUUGAAUUAUUUAUAUUAAUUUUGUUACCCAAUAGCUCUAGUUUUUAUUCUUGUCAUAAUGAAGCCCACAAUACUUUCUUGUUUUGUAUUAGUUUUAGGUUUAUCAUUCUUGCAUAAAGUAAGUGGAAUCCAAUGCUACCAGUGUUCUACAAGUAGCGACCAACAAGGAUCUGAUAAUUGUGGUGCAUAUGAAAAAUUCCACAAAGAUCGUCAUGUCUCGGUAGAAUGCACUAGUGAUGAAUCUCAUACGCCUGGCACAUUUUGUGUUAAAGUAACCAAACAAGGCCUCAGAGGAUUUAUAUGGGAUGGUCGUUGGAGAAAUGUGAUCCGCCGUUGUGGAUCGGUUUCUGAUACUGGUGUGACUGGUGUAUGCAACUGGGGAGUUGAAUGGAAUGGAGUCUAUUGGGAAGAAUGUUAUUGUUCAGAAGAUAACUGUAAUUCGUCCACCAACAUUACACCGUUAUCCGUCAUAACAACCACACUGUGUUCAUUAAUUACUAUGUACAUAUUAAGGAAUUGAUCUAUACUUAUUUGUAAUCUCGUAACGAAUUCCGUCCAAACUUGAUAGUGUUGAUCACUAUAUUUUUUUUUAUACAUUUUAUAAUUCACUUAAUUAUUAGUCUUAAAAUAUAAACAAUUAUGCUAUAA